AUGCGACUGCUAUACAUUGCAAGCGAUGGGAGGCUCAGCUGGACCGACGAUUUGCUCAACAAUCAGAUCCCCCCCUAUGCGAUCUUGUCACACACUUGGGAAGGGCAGGAGGUAGCCUAUAAGGAUCUUAAGAACCACAGAGACAAAGAGAAUAUCGAUGCAAGGCUCAAGGGUGGAUACCAGAAGAUCUUCUUCUGCGCUGAGCAAGCUAAGCGCGAUGGUCUGAACCACUUCUGGGUAGACACCUGCUGCAUCGACAAGGCAAACAACACAGAACUGUCAAAAGCGAUCAACUCUAUGUUCCGGUGGUACCAGAACGCCAGAAAGUGUUACGUCUACCUUUCAGAUGUCGAAAAUGAUACUCUAAAAGGUGAUGGCGAGUUGGUGUUUAGGCGGAGCAGGUGGUUUAACCGCGGCUGGACCCUCCAGGAACUUCUGGCUCCCCAUUCCGUCGAGUUCUUUUCUAAAGACGGAGCGCGGCUGGGGGACAAAGAAUUGCUUAAGCAUCUUAUACACGAGAUUACAGGAAUCCCAGUCGAAGCUCUGUCAGGGAGCGACGUGUCUGAGUUCGACGUUGCCAAGCGGUUCUCAUGGGCAGCGAAUCGGCAGACUACAGAGGAAGAAGAUGGAGCGUAUUGUCUAUUCGGUAUAUUUGGCGUCCACUUACCACUAAUCUAUGGCGAAGGCAAAGAAAACGCACUCGAGCGGCUGAGAAGUGCAGCUAUCCUGAAGCAUAAGGGUCGCAGCCAUAACCAAGAAGAGAAAAUUGGCAAGAUCUGUACCUGGCUCUCGGCGCCGGACCCGUCCACCAACUACCACAAAGCGCACAAGCAGCGGCAGGCUGACACUGGGCUCUGGCUGCUGAAUGGUCCGAAUUUCUCCCAAUGGAAGGAAAGUGCGGCGUCGCGACUGUGGCUGUAUGGGAUACCAGGGUGUGGAAAGACCAUCCUAAGCUCUACCAUCAUCAAGCAUCUGCUACAGCACUGCAAUGAUGACGCGGGCAUGGUGACGGCGUACUUCUACUUCGACUUCAACGAUGCACAGAAACAGGAUCCAGAGCUGAUGCUCCGCUCUUUGCUCUGCCAGCUCCUGCAGCGUUCCUCCAUGAUACCUAAAGGCGUCGACGCGUUGUUCUCAUCCAGCGACAACGGACAGCGGCAGCCACCACUGCAUGCGCUUCUGGAAGUGAUACCGCAGGUAAUGCAACAGUUUACGCAUGCCUACAUUGUUCUAGAUGCGCUCGACGAAUGCACUUCACGCCCAGAGCUGAUGGACGUGCUCGAGACUGUGGCCGGGUACCAGCUUGACAGCGUGCAUCUGCUCAUGACCAGCCGCAAAGAGCGGGACAUCGAAAGCUCUUUGGAGAUUUAUAUCAAGGAGGAGGACACUAUCUGUCUUCAGAGGGACGUAGUGGAUAAAGACAUACAACGAUACGUUCAACAAAGGUUGUCUAAUGAUAAGAGUUUGACAAAAUGGAACAAGGACGCCGCCAUCAGGCAAGAGAUUGAGGCUGCACUGAUGCGCGGAGCUCGCGGGAUGUUCCGAUGGGCUUUCUGUCAGCUUGACACGUUGGCAGAGUGUCGCAAUCGAACAAUGCUGCGCAAGUCGCUGGCCACUCUGCCGCAAACGCUGGACCAGACAUACGACCGCAUUCUCACCGCUAUCGGCGAAGGAGACUGCGAGUACGCGAUGCGCAUCCUGCAGUGGCUGACGUUCUCCAUGCGGCCGAUGUCGGUCGAAGAGGUUGCGGAGGUUGUCGCCAUUGACAUGGCGCGUGACCCAGCGUUCGACUGCGAUGAUGUGCUAGAGGAUCCGCUGGAAGCGCUGAACAUCUGCUCGAGUUUGGUCACAAUUUCAACAAUCCAGGGCCAAGGAAGAUCAGGCCCUGCCCGGCGGAUUAUCGCUCUCGCACACUAUUCUGUCCAGGAAUACCUUGUGUCUGACAGGAUACAACAGGGUCCAGCAAAGCAAUACAAGAUGCAUGAAACCGGAAGUCACGGUAUGAUAACGGGUGGGUGUUUAAAGUAUCUGCUACAGUUACAGCGACCAUUGUCGGAAGAAGUCAUUCAGACAUCGACGCUGGCACGGUAUGCGGCAGAGUUCUGGAGCAGUCAUCUUGGGCAAACAGGAGAGGACAUGGAAAGAUUGAGCCAGCUAGCGAUAGAUCUCAUGUCGACGGAAAACCCCGCGUACCUCACCUGGAUCCAAUUGUAUGAUCCGGACAGUCUUUGGAUGCAACCAGAUCUGAGCAAAGGUCUCGGAAGCGUAACAGCGCCGCUUUACUACGCAUCGCUUUUAGGCCUGGAUACAAUCGCGAGCCUGUUGCUGGACCAAGGCGCUGAGGUCAACACACGAGGCGGACGCUACGGCAACGCACUCCAUGCAGCUUCAAUUAAAGGCCACAAGCAGGUACUGAUAGUUAAGAUGCUAAUCGAAAACAAGGCAGACGUCAACGCUCAAGGUGGCAAAUACGGCAAUGCGCUCCAGUCAGCUUCGGCUGCAGGUCGCCAAGCAAUAGUACAGCUGCUCCUUGAUAAGGGUGCUGGUGUGAACAAAAAGGGCGGUCUAUAUAACAGCGCUCUCAACGCGGCUGCGGCUGAAAGUCAUACAGACAUAGUCAGGCUUCUGCUGGAGAAC